CGUUUUAUCACUUUUCAAGAUCCAAAUACAAUCAAGUUAAAGUCGAUCCAGAGAGUCAUUCGGAGUCAUGGUGCCAAGAAAUCAUUAGAAGGACGCAAAAAGAAAAUUACUGAAGUUACUGGAAAUUUUCGUCACUUUAAACCCGACAGACUUCAGAACGCCUCCGCCGUGAAGAGACAUAAUAACGACUACAAGACACCAAGCGAUAUUCAGCAGCUCGAUCCUUUUCGGUCGCUUUCCAUAAGCAAUUCUACACGAUUGCAAUCUCUUAUAACAAAUAAAACCGCAUCCCAAGCUUUGGAACCGGUAUGCAAUUUUGCAGAAACAACGGCACACCAAAUAUUCCAUCGGCUAUUUCACGAUGGCUUUAACGAUGCAGCUCUCUCAAACGCUAUUAUGCUCUCACUUUCAUUCGCUGCAAAUGAAUACCAUUUCACACAGGAAUGUGUCACUUUUAAGAACACGACUAUUCAACACAUUAACAAAAAAAUUGGCUCUACACUUGACCCAAAAGCCGUUUCUCAAAUGAUAGGGGCAAUAUUGUUACUGAUAGGAGUGGAGUGGCGACUCGGGAACAAACCACGAGUAGAAAUGCACCUGACGGGCGUUAUGCAAUUGUUAAACUUUUGCGACUCAAAGCUUAUACACCUUCAUGACGGCAUCAAGCGUGCAAUCUUCUGGCAAGACUUGAAUGCAGCCUGGAUCAUAGGCUCUGAGCGCAGAUUCAACCAUGAUGUUUUCCCAGAACUUCACUGGGGUCGCAAUCCAUUUCUUUCUUCUAUAUUUACCCUACCACCGGGCUUCGAGCCAUUGAGGCAGGUUUUUGGAGAUGACUUAGUCAAGGUCAUCGAAGAUAUUUAUGCUUUACAACAUCUGAGAGAGUCAUCUGAUAUGAAUCUUGAUGAUUCAACAUCCAUAAUUCACAUGGACAAUUACCAAGCAUGGAUGGAGUCUCGUCUUUACUCGCACUUUCUGGCGGCAGAUGAGGACGAUGAAAUAGUGAUAUGCUGCAUAUUCACAUUAUAUUUAUGCGCCUAUAUGCUGUUUACAGAAAUCUGGGCGGGCCACUUUAUACCAUCACAUAUAUCAGCAAAGCUAUUGCGUGUCUUGCGACAUGCGAAAAGAGAUGUUUUGUGGGAAAGUCACAAGGACGCACUGUUGUGGUGCACUAUAGUUGGUGGUACUUUCGCCCAACUCGGCGUGACUAGGUCUGAGUAUAUUUUGUUACUUCACCAGUCUGGAGAUGCGACUCUCUCGUCCGAUUGGAAAGAAACAGAAAGUUUCCUAGGUAACUUUAUCUGGUCGAACAAAGUGUUCUACACACCCGGCAAAGCAUUCUGGGAG